AUCCUUUACAUCUUAUUUGCAUAAUUUGAGGUGCGAGUAAUUAUUUUAUACAAUCUUAUUGUUCUACCCGUUUCUUUUUAUUUUAUUGUAUUCUGAAAUUAGACAUAUGUUGUGUUUUCAAGAAGUAAUUCAUCGCCAAUUCAAAGUUUGUGUAAAAUCUUCAAAAAAUUAUGAUUUUGAUGUGUUGUGACGUCAGGCCUAAAACCAACAUUUGGAAGUACAUUCGAUGUGGUCUGAUUAGAUAUUUAGGCCUAACGAAUUACCAUGCAAAUUGACGAAUUCAAAACCACGAAUGCUUAUUGUGGGUAAAGUUUGAUAUUUGUAGAAAAGUAAAGCAAGGAUUUAAUAAUUAUUAAAAUAGAAUUUAGAAAUUUUUAUGUAUCUUUUAUAACUAUUUAGUAUUAACAUUGUCAACAAAAAAAUUGUAGGCUUAGGUGAUAUCCAUGACUGAAACAAAUACCGGUCGCGGGUCAUGUGUGAAGUGACUGUCCGAAGGAAGUUCGGACGGGGCAAAGAGUAAUCCAGUGUACCGACUGGACCUGCGUGUCCACUUCGUAUACAAACGCACGUGGACGGCACGUGUACUUUCGAAAUCGUUACGCGUGCAGCAAUUUUGGACACUUCAUUUUGAUAUAGGAUGGAAGAUAAAUGCUAAACAUCCGAAACAACAAGUGCCUCAAUUUCUACUUGUUUUUCCAAUUCAUGCCCUGAUUUCUGAUGUCUAAUGAAAGCAGAUUAGACAGGAUAGGAGAGAGUAAACUCCGUCAUGGGUUUGUGAAGUAAAGUGAAGGCUAUAUAUAGUGAAUCUGUUUUUGAUGCAGCACAAUGGAAUGCCAGUAUGUUGCUACCCAAAGAGGUGGAAUAGCUCUUCUUUAUGAAGGGCAUCGUUACAACAAGGUUCGAGAUGGAAAGGAAGGUACUGUGUACUGGAGAUGUGCUAGAGAUCGACAAUGUCCAGGUAGAGCUGUGACUGUAUAUAGUCGUAUUAAAAAAGCAAACAAUAAACACAACCAUCCUCCGGAUGCUUGGCGCAACAAAGUGGACCAAGUCGUUUCAGAUUUGAAACUCCGUUCUCAAGAAGAAAUAACUCCACUUCCAACCUUGUUCACUGAAACUUUAAAAUAUUUAGCAGUUAAUCCUCAAAUGGCUGCACUUGCUACAAUGGUACCAUCUUUAUCUGCUAUUAAAGCAGUGGAACGCACACAGAAUAGAGGGAUGCCUGCUCUUGUUCCAUUCAGAGAGCUGAGUCCUGAUGAAGAUUGGUUAUUAUCUAAUAGUGCUUCAACGUCUGAACCUUUGGAUAUGGCAAUGAAAAACACUGGUGUUUUAUUGAAAAGAAUGCGAGCUCUUUUAAAGAAUACCAAUUAUGUCUCGGACCCAUUACAAGCUUAUAUCAUUCCAUGUACCGAUGCACAUCAGAGUGAAUAUCUUGCCCCUUGUGACCGGCGUCGAGCUUUUAUCUCAGGAUUUACUGGUACAACUGGGACUGCUGUGAUAACAGAAAACCAUGCUAGUUUGUGGACUGAAAGGCGGUAUUUUCAGCAAGCAGAUAAGCAAUUGGAUAAUAAUUGGACAUUAUUAAAAGAAGGCAUGCCUGGUACUCCGACUAUUCAUGAAUGGCUGUCUAGGGUUCUUCCGGUUGGCAGUAAAGUUGGAAUUGAUCCCCUACUUAUAUCAUAUGAAGACUGGAUUGAUCUAUCUUCCAAAUUAGAAAUGUCAGGACAUUCCUUACAUGCAAUUUCUCAAAAUUUAGUUGAUUUGAUAUGGGAUGACAGACCACCUCCUCCUAGCAAUAUUAUUGAACCUAUGUCUUUAGUUUAUACAGGGAGGUCAUGGCAAGAAAAAGUUAUUGAUGUGCGGCUUAUUAUGAAACAAAAAGGAGCAACAGCUUUAAUAAUAACUGCACUUGAUGAAGUAGCAUGGCUUUUUAAUUUGCGUGGUAGUGAUUUUGAUUACAACCCACUUUUUCUUGCAUUUGGUGUUGUCACAUUAGAAACUGUUUAUUUGUUUGUUGAUGAAUUCAAGAUCACUGCCCAGGUGAAAAGACAUUUUCAAGAAGAUUGUUUUGAUAAAAUUAGAGUUGAAAUUCGUCCCUAUCAGUUAAUCAAGGAAUUUUUAAGUUGGCUUGUAAACCAGCAACAUGAUAAAAUUUGGAUAAGCCGAAAAUCAAGCUAUUCUCUUCUUAGACUAAUCCCAGAAGAAUGUCGCAUUGAAAGUGUUAAUCCUGUUUUGUUGAUGAAAGCUGUUAAACAUGAAGUGGAAAUAGAAUGUAUGCGUCGUGCUCAUGUUAAAGAUGCUGUUGCCAUGUGUGAAUUUUUUGCAUGGUUAGAAGAUGAAGUUGCUACUGGGGAAGUCACUGAGUAUCUGGCUGCACUUAAAAUUGAAGAUUUUAGAAGGCAACAAGAAGAUUAUGUUGGGCCAAGUUUUGAAGUUAUAUCAGCAACUGGACCAAAUGCAGCUCUUAUACAUUAUCAUCCAACUGAAGAAACAACAAGAAUAAUAUCCUCUGAUGAAUUUUACUUAUGUGAUUCUGGAGGCCAAUACAUAGAUGGAACAACAGAUGUGGCAAGAACGUAUUUUUUUGGUACUCCGUCACAGUAUGAAAAGGAAUGUUUUACUCGAGUAAUGAAAGGGCAUAUUGCUAUAUCUUCUGCUGUGUUUCCUAGACAUAUCAAAGGUCAGAUGCUUGAUACUUUAGCAAGAAAGUCACUGUGGGAGGUUGGAUUAAAUUAUAUGCACAAAACUGGUCAUGGUGUUGGAGCAUAUCUUACGGUUCAUGAAGGACCAACUGAAAUAGAUUGGAAAACAAAUCCAGAUGAUCCUGGGCUUCAAGAAGGAAUGAUUUUAUCAAACGAACCAGGAUAUUAUGAAAGCGGACGCUUUGGAAUUAAAAUUGAAAAUUUGGUUCUAGUAAAAAAAGCUGAUACUAAAUACAAUUUCCAAGAUUGUGGAUUUUUAACAUUUGAGCCUCUUACUUUGAUCCCUUUUCAAACGAAGCUGUUGGAUACUAGUCUCCUAACUGUUGAAGAGAUGGACUGGUUAGAUAACUAUCAUCAAAUCUGCCGAGAUGUGGUUGGAAAAGCCCUUCGGGAACAGGGCAGACUUAGUGCCUUCCAGUGGUUGAUGAGGGAAACACAACCUCUUGGUUAAAAAAUAACAAACAAUUGUAAAAUUAUCUGGUUUUGUGCCAAAAUCACACAUGGUGGUAUCCAACGUUGAAGAAUGUUUACUUUGUUUACAAAGGGCAAUAUAUGUUAGGCUAUAAGCCAAACAAUUAUUUUGUCAGUCAUGUCUGUUAGUUUUUACUUCUUAAAAGGAAGUAAAAUAAUGCAAGUAUGCAUUGCUGUGUUUGUGAUGUAUAUUUGAUGUUUGACAUAAAAGUUGUGAUAUAUAUAUGAAUAAAUAUAUAAAUUUAUUAUACAUAAUAUAUAUAUGCUAAUAUUCCAUCAUGAAUGUUUGACAGCAGUAUUUCAAUUAUGCCAUAAUGAUGCAAAAUUACUGUUAUUUUUAAUGCUCUUUCUUUUAAUUUUUGUUGUUUUAUUAUUAUUGCCUGAUCAAUUAUAAACACUAUAUUAAAAAUUAAUAUUAUACUAUGACUUUUUAAUUUGUUUAUUAAAAACUUUUCUUAUUAGCAAUAUCUAAUUAUAUUAAUUUCUUAUCAAUAAUAUUUUUGAGUAUUAUGUUUCUAAAUGAUGUCCUAUAUAUCAUGAUAACUUUGUAAUUUUAAGGUAAUUGUUAAUUAUAUUUUUAAAAUUUUGCAUCAUUUUGGCAUUGAUUAAAUACUGUUUUUUAAUGUGGUUUAGGUCAAACCUAAACCUGUGCAUAUGCAGUGUGAUUAUUGUCUAGAAUGAAUGUGUUAGUACAUAGCAUAGUGCCGUCUUCCAGUGAUUAGGUAAGUGAUAAAAUGUCUGUAGGGCCAAUUCUGAUAUUGCAAAGCAUAUCAUGGCAGACUUUAAUAUUAGCAAUACACAAACCUCAAGAGAUAGCUAUGUCUGACAUGUUGUCUUUUUAAGUGAUAAUUGUCUUCUCAAUGUCUUUCUGCACAGAAGAAGCCAAGCUUUUACUUUUGUUAAUAGCAGAAUUUGUGUAAAAAAAGUAACAAGUUUGUAAUAUUUUAAUUUAUUGCUUAUUGUGAAAUAUGUGUAAAUUGUAUCAAAUAACUAAUUUUGAGCUUAUUUUGUUACAGAAGUGCAAUGUUUUCAAAUUGUGUGUUUUUCUAAUUAAUGCAAUUAAUACAUUAUUAUAUACGGAAUGUGUUAUAGUUUUAAUGUGAUGAAGUUGCUCCUUGUAUUUUUAUUGGGCCAUUAUAUUUUUAAAGAUAUGGUAAUGUGCCUGAAUUCCAUUCACAAGUUGGAAUUACUAGGAAUUGAAAUUUUACUGUUUAAAAACACUUUCAAGUAUUAUUAGAUGCAUUUUCUUUUAAAUUUCAAACACUGAACUGCAUGAAAAGAAAUAUUUAAAUGAAAAUUACGAAUAUAUCAUGUCUUGAAUAAUACUGUUAUAUUAAUAUUUCAUACAAUUUUAUUAAUUCAUUUGGCAUUCACAUUAUUCAUUAAGUUUUUCGUUUUGAGUAUUGACUUUCUCUUAAUUUAUACUUUAGUUUAUUACAAUGCAGCUUUCAUUUUUUUAAAUGUCAUUUAAUUCUGAAUGAUUUUUUUUUUUCAAAAUGCAUCAAUAAUACUUUCUGAACACAAAAUAUGUCAGUUUCACAUUCCAGUAUUUUCAGGCAAUGGCGUAUUUGAUGUAUCUCUUUAAACACGACUUUCCAGAAAUUUUUAUAUUCACACUUGAAUAUUAGAGCUUGGAAAUUUAAAAACGAAGAUGUUCGCAUCUAAAAUAAGUAUUUUUAAUCUGAAAGGAAAUCGUAAAAAUUAUGUUAAAAAUAUUCAGACAGCAGUGCCCAAAAUAAUAUUUUUUUGUAUUUUUGUUUUAAAAGUGCCUCCUAACAUAAUUCGUAUAUUUCAUGCAUAUCAUUGGCGUAAAGCAGAAACUCAUUAUCGAGUGUUAGAAUUUUUGUUUAAAAUUGGAUUCAUUCCUAAUAUUAUCUAUUUCAGUUCUUGUGACUGUUCUGUUUUGAAUGGUUAAAGCGCUUAUCGUUUAUGGUUUUUAACAUUAGAAUAAAUGAUUGAUCAUCUGAUGUACAGCAUGAUAUAUGUCAGUUGACAAGUUUCUACUCUAAACCGAUGGAUAUACGACUCAGGAUCAUAGAUUUAUUAUGUUAAUUAUACAUUCUAAAGCAGCGUAUAAUUUUUAAAAAUUUACCUUAAGUAUUUUUUGAGUCAAACAUUAAAUAAUAAAAAGAUUUUUAUAAGUAACUGUGAUUGGCCUUAGAGAAUGUGAGUUUAAUCCAUUAUUUUCCCUUCAAGAUAGCAUAAAAUUUAUAUCAUUGUUUAAUUAGAAAUUUUUGAAUCCAAUUCAAAUUGCAUUUAUUUUGGUGUAAGGGGAAGAAUUUUAAGUUUUCUUAUUUUGCGAUUUAGUUAUUAAAACGAUCGAAAAUAAUAAUAUCUAAAAAUUGAUUUACAUGACUUUGACAUUUAUUGUUAGAAAGUAUCAUCUGUUAUGAAAAACACCUUUUCAGUGUAAGUAAGUGUAAUACUUUGUUUUUUUCGGUUAUUCGCCCAUCUUGCAGGUUAACCGACACAACCCAGCCGUAACUGUCAGGUUUUGACUACCUUUAGGAGUGAGAGGAUUUAUUCUCUAUUAAGGUGAUCCCUUACACCAUGCUUUAAUUGUUUAACUGCUUUCUAUUAAGUAUUUAUUUGAAAAAAUUAUUUUUAAUAGUUAUUAUUGUUGACUUUCCUAUUAUGGAUAAUACAUUUGUAAUUAAGAAGAAAAAAAAACCUAGUUACUUUUUGUUUGUAAGAAAUUUCGACAUAAGUAACAUAAUUAGCAAAUAAUUCAUUUAAUAUGGAUCGAAACAAUUUUAUGAAAAUUUGACUUGUGCUGUUAUUCAUCAUUUAUUUUAUGCCUAAAAAUUAAUUGAAUCCUUGCCUAUGAAAGAUCUAUUUAAUGGAAAUUAUUCAAUGGAUUAAGAAACAUGAAAUUUGUUUUUUCCCCCCUCUCAAUUCAUGAGAUGAAAGAAGAUCUAUUAAUGGAAAUAAUUCAAUGAAUUAACAACAUGAAAUUUUUUUUUUUUUUUUUUUUUUUCUCAAUUCAUGAGAUGAAAAAGCAACGAUGCAGAGUUUAUGAAUUCUGUAUUUUUUUUGUAACAUAGUAUAUUCAAACAUUAGGUCUAUAGAGGGUUCUUAUUUUUUUUUUUUUUUUUUUUUUUUGGAAAAUGUCACAGUUACAGAUAUUAACUUUUUUCUGUUUGUUUAAAUAUUGUGUCAUCAAUAAUUGUUGUAGGAUUUUAAAAAACAAGUCAGUGUUAUGAUUUGCAUAUUUUUCUUUUGUUUUCUUUCAAAAAUAUUUUAAUAGUUAAUGUUCUGCUUCAGUUUCACCUUAUCUUAAGUUUUAAAUCAAGCUUCAACAUGCCAUUAAAAUUUUUAUUUUAUCAUUGCUGUUUAAAUAUUUACUGUUCAUUGACUUGCAGUCUUUCCUAUUUCUAAGGAACAGAAACAAAAUUAUAUUUGCAAUAAUUUCAUAUCAUGCUAUUGAGUCAGUAAGAAAUAACUGUGGAUGUCAUUUACACUAUUUAAGCAAUAAUAUUAAUAAACUGUAAAGGAAUCAAACAUUUUAUAAACCCGGUGUUGUAUAUAUCACGAUAGUUUUUUGAAAUCAUCAUAUUCUCAAAUCCCAAAAUGUUGAUUUAAGUUACAUACAUUAAUCUGUGUAUAUUGGUAUUUAUUAUGAGUUUUGUUUGUGGCUUGACCAACCGAAGAGAUGGGUUUAGUUUGUUUGAUAAAAAUUGAUUGACAAGGUAAAGAGAAACUCCAAUGGUUUUUUUAUAUUAAUGCUAUUUAAUAUGAUGUUCUUUCCUGAACCCAUCUUUUUUGUAGGUCAAGUAGUGUCAUAUAUUUUUCUAAUCAAUACCUUCAUAUUUUUCUCACAUCUAUGAAAAAAGUUACUUCUGUAAAAGCUGCCAUAUAAUAGUGACUAUAUCUUUUGAUAUUUCUCUGAUGUGGUUAAGCUUAUUGUUGAUAUGUAAAUAUGCUUUCCAAGUACAUAGAUUGUCUCUUUUUUUCCCUUAUUUCUUUUGUUGCUGUGGCUGUUGUUUUCUUUCUAUUGCUUUAAGAAACAUUUUAGAUCUAUUAGUAGCAUAUGAAGUAGAGUUGAAUAAACCAAGUAUGUUGGAAAUAUGCAAUACAAUUUUUUUUUCUAACUGUGUGUAUAUAUGUACUUCAGUUUAAUUUGAUUAUGUGAAACAGUUUUCAAAAUGAAUGUGUGUACCUUUUUGUAAACAAAACAUAGCAAUGCUGUGUUUGAAAAGCAAUAAAUAUAUAAUCAAUUGUGGUGUUAGAACAAAGAAGGCUUCAUGUUGUUAGAUAUACCAUAUUUAAGCAUUUGUGUGGCUGUAAAGAUAUCUGUAUUACUUUAGAUUGCCAUAGAUAUGGCUUAAUGGGAUUGACAGAUUCUUUCAGAUAUAGUUUUUAUAUAACUUUUUAACGAAUGGUUGUUGUAAUAUAUGUCAAUUUUGGGGUAAUGUUUUUGACAUGUUACGAACACUGCAGUAUUUAAUAAAUUUUUCUAACACUGUGGGAAGUAAACCCAUAGUUGAAGGUACUGGAUAUAUUACACUAUCUUCCUAAAUAAAGAAAAAUAUCAAACAUAGUAUUCAAGUAAGGCAAUAAAUUUUUAUACCCUGCUACUCUGAUGUUAAUUCAUUUAUAAUUAAGCUUCCAAGAUUACAACGCAUACCCUAAAAUGUUUAUAUGUCUAUUGUUAUGUCUGAAAUGUGAACUGCUGUGUGUAAUAUCUUCACUAUUUGUGUAAGAUGACCGUUUGGUCAAAUACUCCACUUAAGCAAUAAGCGUUAUGUCUCUGUGUAAUGUUACAAAUCUUUAGCAUUGUGUUGAAAUGUUUUAAAACUGUUAAGCGUGUCACAAAGUUUUCUCAUAAGAAAAUUGCUGUUUAUAUUUUAAGUUUAAAGCAUAUAAUUCUAGUUUCGGAAUAAAAUAAUUUAUAGAGUUUUAAACAUUUGCUGUAUUUACAAAUUUGCUGCCAUGUAAUAAAACAUUUUUAGUUUUAUCGAUUUCAAUUUUUGCUUUUUAUUUUAAAUGAAUUUGCAAGUUUAGUUUAAAUAAAAUUCGAAUAUAUUUUAAAUAAUCUUGUUAUGAGUCAUAAAAUUAGUUUUCAGUUAAUAUAGAAUUCCAAACUUUUUUGGUAAUAUUUAAGUUGUAUGUACAAUUGCUUUGCUGUUUAAAAAUAAUCUGUACUUAAUUGAUUUCUGCAAAAUUAAAGAAAGAAUUAGAUUAAUCGGUGAUCAUUUUUAUUUUCUUUCAUUCUUUGAUGCAAAAGUUGUAAUUGCUAUCCAGUUUUAUUAAUGUGUCUGUUAAAUUAUUAUUAAAAAUGUUGAAUUAUAAAUUUUGAUUCUAUAGUAUUUUCGUUUUAUAGUAAAUCAAUGAAUUGUGAAGUUCUUGUUAUUGAGAAUAAUUCAUCUUCUAAACUAUCAUUUCUUCUAUUGUUGUAUAUUAAUUUUCUAAAAUAUUAUUUCUGAUACUAUUAAAGAGAACUGGUGACAUAUCAUCUACAUCUAUACCUCAGAUAUACCUAUGUUUUGUUAAUGAAAUGCAGAACUAUUUGUGCGUGUAUUUUGGCAAUAAUAGAAAAUCGGUGCAUGAAAAUGUAUUGAAUUCAUAUGUAAUAUAUGUUUUAAUGCAGUUGCAAACACUGCAUCCACAUAUUAAGUUAUCAUACAAAGUAUGAGGUAGAUUCUUUAUUUAUUCUCAAUAAUCCAUUGUGUGUUUUUGAAAUGGAUGUUUUGAAUAUAUUCAGUUUACUGUUUCAUUACAGAUUAUUAAAUCAAAAGGGACGCUGAAGAUUUUCUGUGCUAGUAUUGUAUGUUAUGAAAAAAUUUCAGUAAAUGUAAUUAUAUUAGAACUAUUAUUUUAUUAUUUCUGAUAUAUUUUUAUUUCUAUAAUACACAUUAUGUACAUAAAGACAUUUUACCAGUUUGAUAUAAAAAGGGACUUUGCCUUCUUCAUGAACAAAGUUGAAAGUGCGUCUUCUUCCAGUUAAUCCAAGUUUCUGUUCAUCCUUUUCUAUCAUAAAUAAAAGAAGUACCAAAAUUAAUAAUUUUAGUUAUAUAAUCAUAAAAAUUAAAAGCAGACCACUGUUUUACAUUGACUACUUAUUAUUUAAAUUGCUUCUGUUAAUGUUUGAUUGUAUUGUCUUGUAUUUAGUUUUUAACUUCCAUCAGUAAAUUUUGAAAUCAUUUUUUUAUAAUUACUGCAUAGAAAGUUUGCAUCUUGUUCAUUCAUUAUAAACAGUUUUAAGCAGGUAUUGGAUUCAAAUGUAGUAAAUAUUAUUAAUAUACAUAAAGAAGAUUGCUGAUAUGGAAAGUAAAUAUUUGAAUAUAAUGGUAAUUUAAAAGCUAAUCUUAGGUAACAGCAAAAAUGCUUAAUUAAGUAUAUUUUAAUUUUUUUAAAUAUAUUUAUUAGCAAUGCUUAUAAAAAGAUUUUAAAUGAAAAACAUAUCAGGGAGUUGAGAGUAUGUAAGAUUUUCUUCAAGAAGUUUUAUUUUCUUUUUAUAAUUGUAUACUAGUUUUUUUUUUGUGUGUGUGUAAUCCUUACAUCACUUUAAAAUUUUAUUAAUUAUGCCAGUUUGGACUUAUUUUACCUUUUGCUAGUUUAAUUAUCAAAUUUAUUCCAUAUCAGUGAUCAUAAAUUUGGUAUCAGAUUUUAUAAUGUGUUGUGUUCUGCUUUGUUUAAAAAUAUUCCUUUGUCUGCUAACAGUCUCAUCAUGUCAAAGAAUCCCAUGUUAAUAUUUUGAGAAAUUCUUUUGGCCAUUCUGCAAAAUCGUCAUUUUAUUACAAAUUUCUACAAAGUGGUUGAUAAUUUACCUUAUAUAUAGUCUUAUGGGUUUUAAACACAUUUAUUAUCGUUACAUUUCAGAGUGAAAAUACCAAGGUUUUGUUUUGUUAAAUGAUCAUAUAUUAGCUGAAAUGACUGAAGCACUUCAUGUGCCAAAUUGAAUAAGUUAUUUUGCUGUGGAUAGCAAAAGAAAAAUGAAAUUCAUUAAUUUAAAUCGAGAUUAAUUCAAAAUUGAAAUAGUAAUUCAUAAUGUAUAUAGAUAAGGCAAUGCACAAUGAAAUGUAUUUGUGCUAAUAUUUCAUUUUAUUAGUUUGUAACUAUAAAUUAUGAAUAUUUGCUAAUUGAAAAGAAAAUUUUGUGUAAUUUUUAUUCAAAUGCAUAUAAUUUAGCUGUACCAUUCUUAUAUAAAUUCUAUGAUUUGGUUCACUCUUAAAUUUGUUAUGCUUUUGAAAUGAACUUUAAGAAUAAAUUUAUAAAAUAGUUUGGAAGUAAAUUGAAAGGAUGUUUAUGAAAUUACAUUCCAUUGCUUUUGUUUUGCUGUUCAUUUCUUAUCUUUGUUAUUAUUGAUAAUUAUCGGCCAAAAAAUUUAAUUUUGUUUUAUAUUUUAAAAAUAUUUCUAAUUGUAAUUUAUACUUUUAUUACUGUCUUCAUUAAGUCCCCCCCCCUUCGUAAAUUAUUUCUUUUUUGAACUAAGCUAUAUCCGCAUUUUAUUUCAUUGAUUCAUUAUAUUAAUAUUUCAUAUCUGGAUACUAAAGAGUUAUGAAUUUCUUCCUCCUCGCAUUUUUUUUCCUCAUAAUAUAUGUAUGAAUAUGCAUUUUCAAGGGUUUUUUUUUUCUCUGCAUUUUAUCAGGAUAUUAAAAUACGUUUGUUCAUGUUAUGUUUAUGAUAUUGCAUUAUCUAAGAAUAACCAUUCAACUGAAAUCUUGGCAAUUUUACAUCUAGAAAGUUUUUUCUUUUUGAAAAAUUAUUUUGAUGCUUAAAUGAUUAUCUGAUGUAAAUAUUUUUUUUAAAAAAACUAAAUGAAACACUAUCUUAAUUCUGUUAAAUGUACUAUCUUACACUAAUAACAGGAAACAAUCUAUUUUCUGAUGGGGAAAAUGUGCCUUGAAAACUAAAUAUUUUUUAAGUAAUAUUUUUCUCUUUUUGAUUUAAAUUUAUAAUUGCUGAUUUGUGUUAAAGAUGAACAGAAAUUUAUUCGUUAUCAGUCAUUCAUUGUCUGCCAACUUGAAACUUUUCGCUAAAGAGUGUAGAAUUGUAAUCUAUCUUUCUCAAAAGAAAGAUAUUUUUCUUAAUCCACGACACAAGUCUACCUCAUACGAAGCUGUGUUAUGCAAUCUUAAUUGUAUAAAAGUAUUUAAAAGAAUGGUGAGAUUUUUGAAAAAUUAGCAUUGAAACCAAUUUUGUUGUUUGUAUCAGCUAAUUGGCGUAUAUUUAAUGAGCGAGUUUAUUGUGCAUCAGUUAAAAAGAUUUAAUAAUUAUUAGUGAGAGCUUAUUUCAUUUCAAAUUCCUAAUGUUUUAUAAGAGAAUUCAUUAUUACUUUAUUAGAUGCAUUCACACUUGCAUUAACAUAUACUUGAUUCAGGUAGCAAAUAUUUCUCUUAUUAAUCAGCUUGAUUAAGACCAGUAAAAUAAAGGGAUCGUGAGAUUUAAAUCAUUUGUAAAAUAAUCUAAGAAAAUUAAUUUUUUGGAAACUUUAGAUAACACUUAAUGUGACAUGUUUAAUUGCUGAAAAAGUCAUGUAUUUGAGCCGAAAUCAGGUGAAGUGAGUAUUAAACUAUUAAUGCUUGAAUAAAUAUUAUAAAAGAUAGCAUAGUUAUGUUAUAGUUAUGUACAUUUUUGAAAUAAGUAAUUUUAAAUAAUAUGUUUGAACACUAAUAAUAUUGGAGGUUACAUCUUUCAGGAGCAAUUUCUCAUUUUUGCGAUGUUUAAUUACUGAUAAUUUAAGUUAAUUUUAACAUUUUAAAUUGGUCUGAAACGAUUUCAAAUUUGUGUAUAUUUAAUGAGGUAGUUUUUAUUUUUUAAAAAUUGACAAAGAAUGUCUAUUAUCUUUGUAGAAUAUAUUAAGCUGCUUGCUUUUCUUUAGUAUUGUGUUUAUGUACCAUCUUUGUUAGAGAGUGGUGUCUUGAUAGGGAAUCGAUUCAUGGAUCAGAAUUCAUUUGGGGAACAGCAGAAAGAAUAGAUAUUGAGUUUAUUGACCCAUUUAUUUCUUCAAUUGGCAAUUGUCUGUCUUCAAGAAGGAUAUUCUGAUAUUUUUUUUUUUCUAGAUCUGUAACUAUGAAAUCGGUUUAAUCUAUUUUCUUUAUCUUGUAUAUAAUUUGAUAAUUAAAACGGAAUUUGGAUUUUGAAGAAAAAAAUUAUCAUAUAAUUUGUGGUGAGCAUGAUAGUUUUCUGCAAGAAUACUGUAUAAAUAGAUGGGAAGUUUAAUUAUGUAAAUCUACCACUUGGAAAACAAAGAAAGAAAAGAUGUAUCUUUUUUUAAAUUGGAUUCAUGGCUAAUUUUUCAUUUCUUGUAUAAUCUACGCGGCUUUUUGAAAUAUACUGAAUUUUUAUUUAAUAAGAUUCAUAUUUGUGUGGAAAAAUCUAUUUUAAUGAGAAAUUUCUUGAAUUUUGAUUUGCACAAACUUUAUUGGUAAUAUUAUAAUGCAUAUCUAUGAAUAAAUUAUAAAAAUAAUUUAAAUUGUUUGAAAAAUGAAGAGAAAAAUUGCAGGAGCAAAAGUGAAUUGUGUGCCAAACAUUGUUUUCAUACUGGUAUUAUAAAAUACAAAACAUUUUUAAAAGAAGCAAUAAAACAUGACUUGUACUUAUUAAAAGAAAUAUAAAUAUUUUAUAAAUUUUAAUUGUUUGAUAAUAAGCAUUUCAGCAUUAUUUAGUUUUCAUGAUAAUCUUAUUCAUAUUUUGUUUGUACCUGCUAUGCAGAUAGUGGUUAAACCACAUAUUUUAUAGUUACAAUUUCAAAAUGUCUAACAAAGUUCAAGUAGCACUGUUCCUCCACUGUCGCGAGAACAGUAAUAAAAGCAAUACGUUAAUGUUUCUCCAAGAGAAUGUAGCAUAUUUGUAUAUGCCAUCAGUAUUGUAUUGUAGUUCCUGUGAUUUUAUGCAUUUUUGUUGUAAGUGGUUAAACUGAAGCUAUACCACUGGAAGAAGCAUUUAUAAAUUGUGGGUCCAUUGUAUUUUGUAGCAGUGUUUUAUAUGUGAAGAGAACAUUGGAAAUGACUCUUUUCUUAAUCAAAACAUGAGUUUUCUCAUGUUUAGUUGUGACCUCAAGAAAGUGGCUUGUAAUAUAUGGUUUUGUAGUACUGUUGAAUUUUAUAUGUCUGCAAAGUUAAUGUAAAAGUGUUGUUGAAUAAAACUGUGUAGGACCUUA